AACUUUGAGAAAAAUAAAUAGAAUAGAACCUUGAUGUAAAUAUUUGUGUAACUGGAAUAAUGGAUAAAUUAACUUUAAUUUCAGGAACUCUUUUUAUGGCGGCCGAUAUUUUUGCCAUAGUUAGUUUGGCUAUGCCAGACUGGAUCAUUACAGAUGUAGGAGGAGACACCAGGCUGGGCCUAAUGUGGAGUUGUAUGACUCUCUACAAUAGACCUCAAACGUGUUUCACUCCAGAACUUCAACCAGAAUGGCUUUUAGCACUAGUCUGUAUUUUUGUUGGAUGUAUUUGUAUCACAACUACCAUUAUUCUUCUUGCAUCUUCACAUUGGGAUAGAAAUGUGGUACCUUAUGCAAGAUGGGUGGGAUUUACAGCUAUGGUUUUAUUCUGCUUGGCUGCUGUGAUAUUUCCAAUGGGCUUUCAUGUGGAUGAAAUAGGAGGACAACCUUACCAGUUGCCAGGCAGCCAUCAAGUAGGCAUCUCAUACAUUCUUUUCAUUUUAUCUCUGUGGAUUACUGUGAUUUCAGAAUUAUUUGCCGGAAAAGUAUGCCUUCCCCAUUUUUAGCAUCAAAACGAUGUUAAACUUUUAUUUGUAAUGUUUGUGGUAGUGACUGGGUAUGCUUUAAUUCAGAGGUUCCCAAACUAUUUUUUCUCGUAGACCACUUUAAAAAAUAUAUUGGUUUCGGUGGACCCCCUGCUGCUUUGGGGGGGGGGUAAAAAUAAGACAUUGAAGGUCUUUUUCGUCUUAUUUUCUUUGCUCAAUAUAUCAUUUUAAGCGAUUUUACAGUGAUUUGGAAUCUAUUUAAACAAAUUUGCAUUUUUUAUCGUAAUUUAUCAAUUGAAAAAAUAAUGUUUUAAUAGAAGGGUUGUCCAAAGUCCAAAAUGUGAUUAUUAGGCAUUAUAACAAGUUUCUUGUUUUAAAACAAGUUGUUGAUCAAACUUUAGCGUAGAUAACGUUAAAAUAUUGUUUUUUCCAUUUUUCUCCAUUCCCAAAAUACAUGUUCUUCUAUUUGGCUGAAAAUUUGCCCACAGAUAGCCAAAACACAAGACUUUAAUGGUUAAAAGAAAAAGAAUUUGUAUAGUUUUACAAUACAAGAAAAGUUACAUGCAAUAAAGAGUCAAAAUUAUAUAGUACAGUCGGGUUAGCAUUUGAUCUUGCAUGCCGAGCUACCCAAGCAAGAUUCUAUUUUUCUAAUCUUAAGGGGGUCAAUAGUGUAAAUUUAAAAUCGCGAAUAAAGGAGAACCGUUUUUGAUCAAUAUCUCCGCCAUAUUUAACUUUUCGACAACAAGUGUAAGGACUGAAGUUGUGAAAAAUAUGAUUUCGUAUAAUUUAUUCUAUUAUAAAUUUUUUUGUGCCGUCGAUAUUUUCCGAGUUAUGGAGGAAAGAGUGACAGUUACAGCAUAAUUAUUGAAUUAUCUCGUUUAUUAUUAGUUUUAUAACAAAAAUGUACCCAUACAAAAAUGGAGAGAGUUAAAUUUUAUACAAUUUUGAUUUCUUUCAUGUUUUUGCUAAAACCAAUAUUUCAGGUAGUACGUAUGCGGUAAAGGCGCGAGCAUAAGCACUGAUUGAUUUGAUAGCAGUGGUUUUUGUUCAAUAUCUCCGCAAUUCUUAACUUUUCGACAAAAAUGGUAGGAACUGAAAUUGAUCCAAAUAAAUUGUAUUUACAAUAAUUAUUAUAAUUUUCUUAACCAUUUUUUUUCGUAUGAUCGAUAUUUUCCGAAUUAAUUGUACUUACAGUAGACGCCUAUAUUUUUGACUCUGAUAUUAUUCCACGUAUUUUUUUUGUAUUGUAAAACGAUACAAAUUCUUUUAACCACUUAAAGUUCUGUGUUUUGGCUAUUUGUGGGCAAAUUUUCAGUCAAAUCGAAAGACAUGUGUUUUGGUAAUGGAGGAAAAUGUGAAAACGGUAUUUUAACGUUUUUUACACUAAAAUUUUAUCAAAAACUUGCUUUUUAAUCAAAAUAACUUGUUAUGAUGGAUUAUAAUAACAUUUUUGAGUCACUACUAUUAAAAUAUUAUUUUUUCCAUUGAUAUUUUACAAUAAAAAAAUGCAAAUUUUUUAAAUAAAUACCAAAUCGCUAUAAAAUUUUCGUGGACUCCCACUUGCAACUUGUGAACCUUUAUUUUUAAUUCACGCCAACGUAGACCCCCGUUGAGUCCCUCGUGGACCCCUGGGGGUCCACCUGGACCACUUUGGGAAUCACUGCUUUAAUUCAUAUACUAAGUUAAAUGGAUAUUAUGGAUCAAACUAAUAGUCAUGAAAAAAUCUUAAUUAAUUACUUGGCAGGUUUGCUACCAAGCAACUUAUACAGUGAUGAGCGCACUAAUAACCGGAAAAAUAACGCAAAAGAUGGAAAACAUAUUAGGUUGUGAGAUAAAAAGAGAUGAAACUAGUAGAGGUGGAAAUUAUCAUUAUAAACGUAAAAAUUAAUAUUAAAUUACAUAGUUUCUUACCUUUAGGCGUCUGUGGCAGGAGUAUUUUAUAAAAUUCUACUGUCACAGUGACAGUUGUCAUACUUAUCUGAUACGUCUAAAGGUAGGAAACUAUGUAUGUAAUGUAAUGUUAAUUUUUACGUUUAUAACAAUAAUUUCCAUCUCCACUAGUUUCAUCUCUUUUUGUUUUGUAAUGUAUUAUGUCUUCUAUCUUUUGCGUUAUUUUAAAAGUCCUUAUUCCUAUCUUUUUGCGUUAAAAAGACAGGUUGUUGUGAUGAUUAUGAAGAUUUUUGUACUCUGAGAGCAUUGUGUAAGCAGAGAAGUAGAGAUUGUUAUGCGGAGUUUGUUGAAAGUACUGAGGAAUUACUUAAUGAAAAUAUAAAACCGUUCUAUGCGGAGUAAUUUUGAUAUUCCUGGUUGUAUGAAGUUGAAUGAUUCUGUCUAUGGUGAGUCUCAGUCAAUUGUUGAUGCUUUCGCCACCUUCUUCAGCACUGUCUAUAAUACUUUCACAUCUUACCCUGAUGACUGGGUUGAUCCAUCUGAUAGCAAUCGCUGCCUUAUUCACUCUUUUACUAUUAAAAUAACUAAAGUUUUGGACUGCUUGGAUAAUCUUGAUACUAGUAGGCCCUGAUAUGAUAUCGAACUUGUUUUUAAGCAAUUGUUCAUUUUCUUUGUGUAGACCAUUAUGGCUUACUUUUAACAGAUCCCUGGCAGAGGGCCAUUUUCCAUCACAGUUUAAGAAAGCCUAUGUGAAACCCAUACACAAAUCUGGUGAUAAGUCAUUUGUUUGUAAUUAUCGUUCCAUAACAAUUCUUUCUGCCAUUCCUAAGAUUUUUGAAGCCCUGGUAACUGAUUUCUUGGCGGAUAAUUUGAAAAAUCAACUACAUACUGCUUAACAUGGUUUUCUGCCUGGCCAUUCUAUUUCGACCAACCUUCUUUACACGGAUCAUAUUGUAAGCUUUCGUGGACAGUUUACAGGUGGAUUCCAUUUAGGUAUACUGACCUGUCCAAAGCCUUCGAUAAGGUAGAUCAUUGCCUUUUAUUGCAUAAAUUGGAAUGUUUUGGUGUGAGUGGUAAACUUCUUUGCUGGUUGAAAACUUACUUGCGGGACAGGUCUUUAUGUGUCAAACUGAAUGGUUUCACUUCUAAUGAGUAUUUUCUACUCUCAGGAGCGCCUCAGGGGUCCCACUUGGGACCUUUAUUGUUUGCAGUUUUUAUUGACGAUGCUAUUAAAUCAUUGACUGACUGCGAAGUGUUGGCAUAUGCCGAUGCUAUAAAGUUGUUUUCUUCCGUUCGGGAUUACUCUGAUUGUGCUAGGCUACAGAAAUCUCUCGACUUAUCUGCGAAUUGGUGUGAUAAUAACAGAUUAGUCAUUAAUCGUGACAAGUGUCAGGUUAUCCAGUUUCAUCGAUCAGUGGAAAUGGUAGAUUUUGAUUACAAUUUGGAUGGUUUUUUGAUUGAGAGAGUCACUAGCGUCAAGGAUCUUGGUGUCAUUUUUCAGAGAGGCUUAUCCUUUAAUUUGCAUAUUGACUUUAUUUGUAAUAAGGCUCUUAGGCAGCUAGGGUUUAUUAAGAGGCAUACAAGAGAUUUUCAUAACAUUUCUUCGCUGAGAAUUUUAUACAGAUCUCUGGUCCGAUCUCAGCUUGAAAAUUCCACUAUAAUCUGGUCUCCCUUUGUCCAAUCCUCUGUUCAAAAGUUGGAGAGAGUGCAAAGACGGUUCUUUAUGCACUGUGCCUUUAAAUUACACAGACCUUAUUCAUAUUCUGAUAUGAUGAGAUACUUAGAACUUGAUCCUCUGUCUACUAGACGAGUUAAUUUCGAUCUCAUCUUCAUUUUUAAAUUGUUUAACGGAAUGAUAUAUUCACCUGAACUGCUUCAAUUGGUUUGUUUCCACAUUCCUUCCCGUGUCCUUCGUGAGAAUACACUAUUUCAUAUUCUUUUUCGUCGAACUAAUUAUUCUGUGAAUAUAGGUCUGGUCAGACUUCUUGUUCAUGCUAAUCGGUUGCCUCAUAAAACAGAUUUUUUUAACUUGUCCUUAAGUGCCUUUAAACAAUCUCUGAAGCGUUAAAUUUAAUUGUAAUUCUAUAUACCUACAUAUUUAUUUUAUGAUCUUGUAUUUUUCGCAUAGACCAACUGGUCUAUGCGAAACAUACUGGCAAUUUAAAUAGCUGGUCUAUGAGGACGAAACUUGAAUACCCCCUUGGCAGCAAACAUGUUAAAAUAAAAGAAAAAUCACUCAUUUAUGCGAUUAGUUAUCAUUGUAGUCACCAACAAUUUUCACCAAAUCACAUAGCAUUUAUAACCCAAUAAUGUCAAUGUAAUAUUUGAAUAAAACAUGUUUUUGACAAUUUUUUGUAAAAAUGGUAUUCAACGCAGCAAAAGACAAGUUCUAUACAGUUUUUCUGUGCUGUAGGUACAAUUGCAGCAGAGGAUUUAGACAUUUACCCCUUGGUAGGGGGCUUCCAAUGAAACACCAACCAUCCAAUGAAAAACAAAGACAUAAAAAAACAGCCUAUAUGCUUUCAGUUGCAACUGUAAAACCGGAAGACUGAGGUCAAACUCACUGUUAAUACCACCUUUGGGUUUGACAAAAUGUCAUUUGUCAUUAUAUCUGUUUUAAUUUCAGUACAGUUGUAUUUACGGAUGCACAGUCACACAUGGAUCUAAUUAUGAUGGAAGAGCCAGUUCUAAUUAUGAUUUUUUCAUGGCUCAAUAAUAGAUAUUUACAUUCCAUAAGGUUUUUCUUAAAUUCAUAUAGAACCCAUAGUAUUACAAACUCUAAAAGUGUAUUAAAUCUGUAAAAUUGUUGAAGAUGUUACUAAUUUCAUGUAAUUCUUUACUGAACUGUGAUUUGUGAUUCUCAAAUGUUUAUUUGUUUUAUUUAACAUAAGACUCAAAGUUUUAGUUUUAACUACAGUAUUGUAUCUGUUUUAUUGUGCUAUAGGUAGUAGCCGAUACUUUGUUCUCUUCCAAGGUAAUAUAAGACACCUGAACGGUGGGUUUGUCUUGCAGUCGCAGCUUUUCAUUGGUUAGAAAUAAAUUAAAAUUUGUUAAAAAUUAAUUUCUAACCAAUGACAAGCUGCAAAGAAACGACACAUCCACUGUUCAGAAGUCUAAAACUGAUGUCUUAGCUUAGGAAGUGAACGAAGUAUAGUAAGGUUUUGUUGCAGCAUUUUAUUUUAAUCAAUUAUAGCUCUUUGGUCUGUCCUAGGGUAAGAAAAUUGUCUUUUAUAUUUGUUGAUAAUAAAAAGUAUUCUACAAGA